UAAAUCUGCUGCAUAUUUCAGUUUUAUUUCCUGUUGUGAUGUCUAUAUAGAUACCCGGGGAUUCUCUCCUCACAUAGACAGUUGCAGUGUCAUUCUGCAGACACAAUACUAGUGAGGUACAGCCUGAUUCAGUGCUAUUCAUGGGGUGUUCACUUCUGCCAUGUCUGGCUGUCCUGCUCUUUAUGAGUUUGGAGGCAAAAGGAUCUAUUGCACAUCCACUAACAGCUGAGGAGGGAUCAGGAGAAAUUGCAUAUAUGCAACCAAUAAUAACAGCUGAGGAGGGAUCAGGAGAAACUACAGCUGAGGAUGGAUCAGGAGAAACUACAGCUGAGGAUGGAUCAGGAGAAACUACAGCUGAGGAGGGAUCAGGAGAAACUACAGUGACACCAACACCACCACCAGCUUCACCUUUUUUUGACGUUGGACCUGGAUCAAUUUCCCUUUACCUCGGUGAUGGAGCUUAUGAAACAAUUCAGCUGGAACAACCAUUCAUGUACGGUGGAAAAGCAUACACUCAACUCUAUCUCAAUGUGGACGGCUAUCUGGCUUUCUUUGUUCCGAAUAUCAAUGAUGAAGUACCCAAUUCACAACUCGGCCAAGACAUCAUCUCUCCACUGUGGACUGAUCUCAAUUUUAAUGUUGGAGAAAAGAAAUAUGAGCAGGCCACAAGCGGACCUUUAAUAGAUAAAGCUAACCAAGAAAUUAACAGGAUGUUCCCAGAUGUUGACUUCUCUGCUUCCUGGGUCUUUGUAGCCACCUGGGAAAAUGUACCACUUGAAUAUUAUAAUACUGAGUUUACAUCAUUUCAAGUCGUCUUGGCUUCAGAUGGUGGACUCUUCUCUUUCAUCCUGAUGAACUAUGGGACUCUUCCUUAUAUUUCCCCUGGUUACUGGCUGGCCGGCUAUGGAAUGGAGUACAGUAAUUUCGUCACCAUUCCAGUGAACAAUGCCUACGAGCUCUCUUCAUCUAGUAAUGUCAAUAUCCCUGGUCGCUGGGCUUUUCAGUUUACAGCACACUGUCGGAACCUCAACUGUGCUUCGGAUGAAGUCUGUAGGCAGAUAAAUGGUGUUUAUGGCUGUGCCUGUGGGUACAUUACAACGCAAAGCCCGAAUAUUUAUGACGCCAUUGAGACAUGUUCAGGAAGUACUGGAUCACUGUCUCUUUCUCGGUGUAAGCUCUUUGAAGACGGAUAUUCUGCAGAUAAUCUCCACAUGAACGACCAAAACUGCAAAGGGGAGCUCCAAGAUAACAGGCUGGUGUUCAGCUUUGACAGUGAUGUCAACACGUGUGGCACAACUCUGAAGAAUAACGACACACACGUUAUCUUCAGUAACAAUGUUGGGACGACUGAAGGGCUGGCUGUGAUCAGUCGUGUCGGCGGCCUCAACAUCAACUUUUCCUGUGUGUAUCCACUCAUCCAGAGCAUCUCCAUGCCCACGGACAUCGAAGCCAUAGGAGGUGUAAUCAGCAAGUAUCUGUCUACUGAGGGCUCGUACCAGAUCACCAUGAUCCCGUAUACAGAUGAUACAUUCCAGGUUCCAUUCAUUGGCAAUGUGACCCUAGAUGUGAACCAUCAGAUGUAUAUAGCUGUGCAAGUGGAUCAGUUUGACAGCACUCAAAUCGGGCUUGUGCUGGACAGCUGCUGGGCCACGCCCUUCAACCAGACUGACUAUUCCGUCCGCUGGGACCUGAUCAGUAACGAGUGUCCGAACCCCAAUGAUGGCACGGUGGCGGUGUUGCAAAACGGUGUCUCCACGACCAGCUACUUCUCCUUCAGGAUGUUCACAUUCACCGGCUUCUCCAACAAGAUCUACCUGCACUGCCAGGUCCAUCUCUGUCUGCUAGAGACAGGCAACUGUGCACAGCCAUGCCCUGGAUAUCUUUCCAGAAGACGCCGAGCUGUAGAUUUCUAUGAUUCAGCUGCCAUUUCCAUGGAAUUCUGAUUUGUUUGUUUGAAACUUUUUUUGUCUUUGCUUUAUGUUUAAUCAUAAUCAUUAAAUAUUGCUUUAAUAAUAAAUGCAAAUUAUAUCCAAAUUAAAGUUUUAUCAUAUAUAACAUUUUCUAAGUGAUUAUACUCAUCUGUACUGCCUUAAUCAGUUAUAAUAAAUCUUUCAAGCAUUUUA